UGCAGACGGCAAACAAUGAAGAGAGCUGAGUAGUGGAGACCAACACAUGAGCAACAUCUGAGCCACAAACCAUCACCAUCACCCUGCACCAUAUUUCAACCUCGCAGCCCUCUUUCUCAUCCCCCGGACACAAGAGCUGAGUGGGAGUGGAACGUACGCUGGAUGUGCAGGCUUCUUCUGGCUUCUUUGUGUUUGUGAAUGACUGGGACUGAAGUGGGUCAUGCAGGACCACUGGAGGAGUGAAAGAUGAACAACACCCAUUACCCCGUCCCCCUCAAGCCUUCUUCCAGCAGAGAUGAUCCAAGCUUGCACACCUCAGCACCCGUCAUGAUGCGAUCACUGCAUCCGCCUCCAGUCAAGUAAUCUCAAAGCCUCUCAAGGAACAGGAUGAGAGUCAACUGAACGAGAACAUCAGCGCUUUUCAUCAAGUCAAGCUUUGUGCUUUGAGAGGGAACUGCAGCAGAUUCUUAGGAUUUUCUUUUUUUAACCUGUGUGCUUCAGGUUCUUGCAGUCUCCAAAGGGUCAGUGCUGUGCAAAGAAUGCAGGACCAUGGAGGAGAGAGACAAGUCCCCAGCAGUCUGCCGCAUAGCGUCAAGGCCAGCCUGUCCCUUUCUCCAACGGGGGCAGGACGGGUGGGCAGCGGCGGGGGCUCUCCCACAUCCAAAAUGGCCCCCGGUGAAGUCGGGGUGCCUGUGGAGGACAUGCAAGCCCUGGCCAUCACCUCGCUUUCUGCUGCAGAUGUAGCCAAACAAUUUGAGCAGAUUCGAGAGCUGGGGAAAGGCACAUAUGGAAAAGUGGACCUGGUGGCGCACAGAAGCCAAGGCACUAAAAUGGCGCUGAAAUUUGUUACUAAAAACAAGACCAAGCUCAAGAGUUUCCUGCGGGAGUACAGUCUUACAGGUUCCCUUAGCUCCAGCCCGUUCAUCAUCAAAGUCUUGGACGUGCUCUUUGAGACGGAGGACUGCUACGUAUUUGGACAAGAAUACGCUCCCGCCGGGGACCUUUUCGACAUCAUUCCCCCACAGAUGGGCCUGCCAGAAGAAAUGGUCAAACGCUGCAUGCAACAACUUGGCCUGGCCCUGGAUUUCAUGCACAGCAAAAACUUGGUGCACCGGGACGUCAAGCCAGAAAACGUACUGUUGUUCGACCGCGAGUGUCGCCGCAUCAAGCUGGCGGACUUCGGCAUGACCCGGCGGGUGGGCUGCCGCGUGAAAAGGGUGAGCGGAACCAUCCCCUACACGGCCCCGGAGGUGUGCCGGGCCAGCCGCACCGAGGGCUUCUUGGUCACCACCAGUCUAGACGUGUGGGCUUUUGGAGUUCUGGUCUUCUGCAUGCUCACGGGUAACUUCCCCUGGGAGGCCGCAUUGCUAACCGACGCCUUCUAUGAGGAGUUUCGACGCUGGCAGAAAGCUGGAUGUCCCGUGGGAACAUAUCCGUCUCAGUGGCGCCGAUUCACUGACGACGCCCUGCGAAUGUUCCAAAGGCUCCUGGCCGCAGAGCCGGAAAAACGUUGCGGGGUCAAGGACGUCUUCUGCUUUGUCAAAUACGACCUGGUGAGUGAGCUCAGGCGCAGAGCGUCCUACCGCGCCAAGAGAGGCGAACGUUCCAGCUCGGGGGUGUGCACUGGCAACUGCACAUCAUCCUCAUCCACUUCUUCCUCCUCACGCACCCCCCACAGACAUCCAGAGCCUUCCACGCCUCCUGGAACCUCCUGCCUUCGCCCAGCUCCCCUCAAACGGAGUGUCCUCUCUGACCCCAGAGAGGAGGCUGGACAGCAGCAGCCUCCAGGACGGGACAAGAACAAAAGCCAGAUGGUGAUAGCCACUGCCAUUGAAAUCUGUGUAUAACUAGCUGACUUUUCACUGUCAUAGCAAAGUGCUCUCUAUAUUCAAUGUCCAUCUUAAGGGAGUUUAAGAGGAAAAUCUCAGAUCACACUGGAAAUAAACUUCAUCCAUCAGCAGCCUGGACCUGGCUAAAAGGCCUUUUAGGUUUGGGAUUCAUGGCCAAAGACGGCUGAGAAAGCGUCUUACCACGCCACGAGAGGCGAACGGUCCAGCUCGGGGGUGUGCACUGGCAACUGCACAUCAUCUUCAUACACGUCUUUUUUCUGAUGCACCACCCACAGACAACCAGAGCAUUCCACGCCUACUGGAACCUCCUGCUCUUGUCCAGAUCGCCUCUAAUAGAGCUUCAGCUCUGAUCCCAGAGAGGAGGCAGGAUAGAAACAUUCUCCAGGACUGGACAAGAACAAAAGCCAGAUGGUGAUGGCCACUAACCGAAAUCUUUGUGUGAGCACACUUCCAUUCAUCUGUUUUCUAUAUAAGGCAUAAUCUGUUCAGGGUCGGUCAAGGAGCUGGAGCCUGUCUAAGACGACUCCAGCCAAAAGACGGACUACAUCACACGACUGGUCGCCAGUCAGUCGAAGGGCACAUAUAGAGACAGACAACCAUUCAUACACACAUUUACACAGUCCCUGAACUGUACCCACGUUCACUGCCUCGAAGUCAGGGAACUGUACCACUACAUCUUCAGUGAGACAUGCGCACACUUGGGGUAACCAGAUGGCUUUUCACAGUCACAGCAAAGUGCUCGCCAUCUCCAAACUCCAUCUUAAAAGGCAGUUUAACAGAGAAGCUCAAGAUCACACUGAAAUUCGUCAGUAGCAUGGACCCAGGACCGGGAUUCAUGGCCAAAGACGGCAGCACGGGGGGGGGUGCACUUCUUCUCCCUGGCGUACAUACCACAGACGCCCGGAGCUUUUCACACCUCCUGCCUUUGCCCCUGAAAUGUACCAUCCUUUCCAACCCCAAAGAGGAGGCUGGACAGCACCGGUCUCCAGGAUGGGAACAAGAACAAAAGCCAGAUGGCGAUGGCGAGCGUUACAACCAGAGAUCUUCUGCAGACUUUGGCAGCACACGCCAAAAAAGUGAUUUUUUUCCGCACUGUGGUGAUGUGCUAAUGAUCACAUAGUAAGACACUACACAGAAAUUACUUCCACAUCAUUUGUUCACUUUAUAGCAGAGGUUCCAAAUCCUUUUGGGUCAGGGAUCCCCCUCAGUAUCCUAACGCCAACCAAUUAAACAUAACUACCACGUGUGAAUGAUAUGAUUGGGGACACCAGUUCCAGAACCACUGCUUUUAAGUAUCUCAUAUCACUUCAGAGGCUUCAGAUGACUCAGAGGCCACUGAACGUUUGACUUCCUCGUCCAGUGCAUUACCACACUUAGGAUCAAAUAAAAUAAACAUCUACGUAG